GCUCCGGGGCCCCGAUAACGGGCCGCCCCCGCAGCUCCAGACACGGGGUGAGGGUCUCCUCUGGUCUGAGAAUGGCUACCCCUCGAUAUGAGCCAGUGGCUGAGAUUGAUGUUGGUGCCUAUGGGACGGUGUAUAAGGCCCGUGAUCUCCACAGUGGCCACUUUGUGGCCCUCAAGAGCGUAAGAGUCCCCAAUGGAGGAGGUGCUGGAGGGGGCCUGCCCAUCAGCACAGUUCGUGAGGUGGCUUUACUGCGGCGGCUGGAGGCUUUUGAGCAUCCCAAUGUUGUGCGGCUGAUGGACGUCUGUGCCACAGCCCGAACUGACCGGGAGACCAAAGUGACCCUGGUGUUUGAGCAUGUGGACCAAGACCUAAGGACAUAUCUGGACAAGGCACCCCCGCCAGGCUUGCCAGUGGAGACCAUCAAGGAUCUGAUACGCCAGUUUCUAAGAGGCCUAGAUUUCCUUCAUGCCAACUGCAUCGUUCAUCGAGACCUGAAGCCAGAGAACAUUCUGGUGACAAGUGGUGGGACAGUCAAGCUGGCUGACUUUGGCCUGGCCAGAAUCUACAGCUACCAGAUGGCACUUACACCUGUGGUUGUUACACUCUGGUACCGUGCUCCAGAAGUUCUUUUGCAGUCUACAUAUGCAACACCUGUGGACAUGUGGAGUGUUGGCUGUAUCUUUGCAGAGAUGUUUCGUCGAAAGCCUCUCUUCUGUGGAAACUCUGAAGCUGACCAGUUAGGCAAAAUCUUUGACCUGAUCGGACUGCCUCCAGAGGAUGACUGGCCCCGAGAUGUGUCUCUACCCCGAGGAGUCUUUUCCCCCAGAGGGCCCCGCCCCGUGCAGUCGGUGGUACCUGAGAUGGAAGAGUCUGGAGCACAGCUGCUGCUGGAGAUGCUGACUUUUAACCCACACAAGCGAAUCUCUGCCUUCCGAGCCCUGCAGCACUCUUAUCUACAUAAGGCAGAAGGUAACCCAGAGUGAGCCAUGGAAUGGUUGCAACAGAACCAGGAGAAGAGAAGCCAACAUUUCCCUUCCUUUGAACAUUUGAGUGGAGAGCCCCCCACUAAGAAGGUGAUCUCUGCCUUCAUCUCUGAGGCUAUGGAGACGACUCCAACUUUUUAUAGAGAAUAUUUUGCUGCCUUAAUGACAUUCCCCUCCCACCCCUCCUUUUGAGGCUUAUCCUUCUCUUGCCCCCUCUGUGUCCUUACACCAAGGGGUAUGUCCCUUGUUCUUCCCCUUCCCUAUACCUUGAUAUUGGGAUCCUUUUUUAUACAGGAAAAACAACAAAACAAA